AUUUUUAGAGUGUAUUAUUGAAUUUUUUACUAUUUAUUUAUUUUUGUUAAUAUAAUCUUUGUAACAAAUGAAAAGCAUGAUCAGGAAGUAAUAAUUAUAAAAAUAUAGUUUAUCAUUUAUAAUUAGAUUGUAUCAUUAUAGGUAUUGCUAUAUGAAUGAAUAUUAUAAAUAAAUAAUACAAUUUCGCAGGAUUAAAACAUAAGUUAGCUAGUAGGUGAAUGUAGUCUUAUGUGUUUCUUAUUUUGAUUCUAUAUAUAUCGUAUGACACAUUAAGUAAUACAUUAGGUAUUAAAUACAUUAAGUAAUAUAAUUUAAUACGAAAAAUAAAUUUAGUAAAAACUGCUGUUUAUUUAAUUAAAAGUAUUAAUCAUGUUAAAAUCAAUUAUUUUUAUUUGUAUCAUUAUACAAUGUUUAAUUAAUUGUUCAUUAGUGUUGUGCAAUGAGGAUAAUAUUAUCUAUUCUGAAAUAAAUAUAAACAAUGAUUCAGAAUCCGGAUCUAAAAAGAAUGAUGAAUUUAAUGAAAGCAUGGAUCAAGAUACGCAUGACGAUGAUCUGAACCAAGUAGAAGACUUCAUUGAUCCACAUUCUUUUUUUUAUGAUAGAAAUAUUAAAAAAGUAAUAAUAGGGGAUACAGUAAUAUCUCCAAGUAUAGAUACAAGAUUAUCCAUGUCGGAUAAAAUAUCUAAUCAAGAAGAAGUAUUAAAAAAAUCUAUUGAAGAAUGUCAGAGGUUAAAAAUAUAUUACAUGAGAUUGAUUAAGAUGUUAUUGAUAAAUUCUAACUUAAAGAUGGGAAUGGAUGAUUUAUUAGAGGGACAUUUAUUAAUAAAAGGAACAAAAAUGCAAAUCGAAAAGCUUAUGAAAGUGGAAAUAGAAGAUUAUUCUCUAAAAGAAAUUGAUUUAAUCUUGAGUGAAAUUUUAUUAGAGCCUUCACGUGCUGAUGUUGUCUUAGAUACGAUCAACUUUAAUUGGAGUAUUCAAUCUGUGUUUAAUUUUAUAAAUAGCUAUACAGAUGUGAUUAUUGUUGCUUCCGGUACACUGUUUACCAUAAUAUUAUGCAGAACAAUGCCAUAUCAUCGUAUGAUUUUUUUUACCCUAGUUAUAGGUUUUUCAGUUAGCUAUACUAUGACUUAUUUGAAGUUAUUAAAGGAAGCUGAAUUCAAAUUUGUUGCAACUCAAGUUAAAUACACUGAAAUGCCUGCAAUUUGUAGACCACAUGAGAUGAGUGCGUUGGCAAGAAUAUCGUCAUACUUUCUUGGUGGUAGUAAUGAAUGCGAAAAAUAUUACGAAGCAAGAAUGUCUAAUCCAAAUCUGCAGGUAACACCUGCUUCAGUCUUAUCAGAACUUGUCUCCACGGUAUUAUUACAACCAGCUCCUAAAAUUGGACAAGCAAUGUCUGACUUUAUAAGUGGUUUAACCAGUGAUAUUCCUUGGGUUUCGGGACUUUUCAUAAAACCGUUACUAAUUAUAUUGCUUCCUAUAUUGAUGGUUAUAGGAAUUAUUUUUCUUAGAGUAAAAUCUUUUGAAUUUGGAUUUUUUAGAGGAUUAAGUUGUUCCUUUUCGGCACCUAGUACGAAUGCAUUACCUCAGGAUGAUGUUCAAAAAAGACAGACAAUUGAGCUAAUUCGCGAAGUUUUUGCGGAACUACCUGCAAAUAUUCCACGAAGAAUUACUACAAAUAACGAUUUACCUAAUGCCUUGCAAGUGAAAGAAAAUGAUAGUCCUGCGGACAAUGCUACCGAGAAACCUUGUAAAUUAAUGCCGGAUAAAUCUUUAAAUGAAUUGAAUUCUGCCGGCGGUGAUACAGAUCUAAAUAAUUUACUUUCUAAAGAAAGUGAAAAGAAAACUUGCAAAUGCGGAAAAAGUUUUGAAAUUAAUAAAGAGAUUGGAGGUGGUGAUGCUUAAAUGUUUAGCUGUGAAAUGUUUUUUUAAAUUGCUUAUAUUGUAAUAUUUAUUGCUAUUAACUUAAUUGCUGUUAAUACGUCUUACAAAUGUAUUAAACUAGUUUUAAAGAAAUAUUCUUAUAAAUUUGUAUUAAAAUAUUUAACACACAAAAAUGAUUUUAUAUUUUUAUUAUGAUAACGAUAAUCAAUAUUAAAAUAAUUUUGUUAUAUAAAG